ACCAAAUACAGGAGGAGGAGGAGGAGCUUCGAGUCUGUUGGCGAUGUCCUCACAGCAGACAAGAUCCUUGAAAGCAACACUGAAAUCCUCUAGUACUAUUAAGGCUACAAGAACAAAUCCACCACCAGCUUCACAGGCAUCCAUCUUCACAGGUUUUGAAGGGGGAAAAAAAGGUUCCAGGAUGCGCGCGAAGAUGGAUUUCUUUUAGCUCUAAUACAAAUGCUCCACGAAAAUCAAAAUUGAAGACGAAGCAGGCGGAACAGGACGAUCUCAAGUCGUUCGUGAAAAAAUUUGGCGAAGUCCACAAACUAGUAACAACACCUCGAGGCAUACGCUAUUUCCAGUUAAUAAAGAGGGGGGCGAUGAUUAUGGUUUUGCUGUUUUUGUUGAAUAAGACUCCUGUGCUGGUGCUCUAUGUAUUCUUGUCUUCGAAAAACAUGAUCUUGUACCCUGAGACUGAUUAAGGGUAGGUUAAAGGUGCUUUUGUUACCGUUUAUUAUGGCUCUCCUCUAACUCCCCAUUCGACGACUAUCAUAAGGGGUUGCUGGCAGACAAGGAUACAACGGAGUACGUGGUGAGCCGAUUUGCCAAUGGCACGACGAAUACGACCUGGUUGCGCGCGUCUCGCAACACGAAACGGGUAUGGCUUGUAGUAGGAGAACGAGGAAAAAAGGGAGGCAAGAAGUCCAUAAUUCUAGUAGAUCCACAGGCAGAGGAAGCAGGAG